AUGACUGUGACGACUACGAUGACAGUGACGAUGACUGUGGAUGGUCCUCAAGCCAUAACCCACAAGCUGUUAUACACUGAUGGAGCGUGCAGAGGCAAUCCAGGAGUGGGCGGAUGGGCCUUCUUAGUACAGAACAACCCUUACAACUUGGGUAGUGGAUGGUCCAUCUAUGGCUCCGAACCUGAGACCACAAACAAUAGGAUGGAGAUAACAGCGGUCAUACAGGGUUUGAGAAGCUUGAGCAACCGUAUGGGCAAUGGUGUUCGUGCAACAGUGAUCACCGACUCGCUCUACGUCGUACAGGGCAUCACCGAAUGGGUCGGACGCUGGAAGAACAACGGAUGGCGCUCCUACCAGGGUAGGCCAGUCAAGAACCAAGACCUCUGGAUGGAGUUGGAUAGAUGGGACUACAAGCACGACGUUGUGUAUGAAUGGGUGCGCGGACACAGUGGCGAUGAGUACAAUGACAACGUGGACUACUGGGCAAACCGAGCAAUCAAUGAAUUUAUCAGAGAUAACUAUUGA